AUGUCGGGCAGAGUAUCUCCCACCCUGGAGAAGAGCGGCAGCAUCGGGCACACAGGCAAGGGGAUGGCUGUGGAGCAGCUUCCCAACAGCAUCAGCGUCCAGGGUGUCUCCUACACCAUCAGAGAGCGUGUUGGCCCAUGGUGGAACUUUUCUUUAUAUUGUAAAAAAUGGACCCGGCAAAUACUUAAGGAUGUUUCAUUUCACAUAGAAAGUGGCCAGAUUAUGGGGAUUUUAGGAAAUUCUGGAUCUGGGAAAACAACUCUUCUGGAUGCAAUAUCGGGACGACUGGGACAUAAAGACAACUUCUUUGGUGAAGUGUAUGUGAAUGGAUGUCAGCUGAAGAGAGAACAGUUCAGAGAUUGCUUCUCUUACGUGCCACAGAGUGACACUUUGUUAAGCUUUCUCACUGUACAGGAGUCUUUGACCUACACGGCUUUACUAACUCUUAAGAAGUGCUCCAACAGCUCCAUCAAAAAGAAGGUAGAUGCAGUUAUGACUGAGCUGAGUCUCAGCCACAUUGCUGACAAAAUAAUUGGAAGCCGGAAUGUCGUAGGAAUUUCUGGGGGUGAGAGGCGUCGGGUAUCGGUUGCAGCCCAGCUUUUACAAGAUCCCAAGGUCAUGCUACUUGAUGAACCAACGACAGGGCUGGACUGCCUGACUGCAAACCAGCUUGUCUUGCUUCUCUCACAGCUUGCACACAGAGACAGGAUUGUGAUCCUUACAAUCCAUCAGCCUCGCUCAGAACUUUUCAAGUUAUUUGAUAAAAUAGCCAUCAUGAGCUUUGGAGAAAUGGUUUUCUGUGGGAACCCUAUGGAAAUGAUCUCAUUUUUUAGUGACUGUGGCUAUUCUUGUCCUGAACAAUCAAAUCCUUUUGACUUCUAUGUGGAUCUGACAUCUGUGGACACCCGAAGCAAGGAACACGAACUCGAAACCUACAGUAGGGUUCAGCAAUUUGUAUCAGCCUACAGAAACUCAGAGAUCUUUAGCAAAGCACUGGCAGCCAUUGAAAAAACAAAGUAUAUGAAGGAGCUGCCACCGAUACCAUUCAAAAACAAAGACUCACCCAGUGGCUUUGACCAAAUACUGAUUCUUUUACGGAGAACAACAAGAAAUCUCUCCAGAGAUAAGAUAGGCAUCAUCAUGCGUCUCCUCCAGAACCUGUUAUUUGGCUUGUUCAUAGCCUUUUUCCUUCUUAGACUAAGGAAUGACCUGGCCCAGGGAGCUGUGCAGGACCGUGUGGGGCUUGUCUACCAGUGUGUGAGUGCCCCCCCCUACACAGGGAUGCUCAAUGCUGUGGCCCUGUUCCCACCUCUACGUGCUAUCAGUGACCAAGAAAGUAAAGACGGCUUGUACAAGAAAUGGCAAAUGCUUGUAGCUUAUGUAGUCCAUUUCCUGCCCUUCAGUGUCAUCAGUGUGGCCAUUUUCAGCACUUUCAUAUACUGGACUACAGGAUUGUAUCCUGAUGCUUCCAGAUUUGGAAUUUUCUUUGCUGUUGUCCUAGCGUCUCACAUGAUUGGUGAACUACUAACACUUGUUGUACUUGGCAUGGUUCAAGACCCAAAUAGAGUCCAAAGUGGCAUUGUGCUACUUAAUUCAGCUGGUGUGAUAGUGGGAACAGGACUAGUAAGGACCAUUGAAGAAAUGCCAACACCUUUGAAACUACUUAGUUUUCUUACAUUUCAAAAAUACAGCAGUGAAGUCCUUGUAGUCAAUGAAUUUUAUGGCUUAAACUUCACAUGUGGUAAGUCCAACAGUUCCACUGCAAAUAAUGCUGCAUGUGUUCUCUCUCAAGGCGUCCGGUUCAUUGAAGAAAACUAUCCUGGGGCAUUGUCCCGGUUCACAGUCGAUUUCCUCAUACUUUAUGCUUUUAUACCAGUACUUGCCAUUAUUGCAAUUCUAAGCUUCAAAUUAAGAGAGAAUUACUGACAGACAAUGAAAAAGUAGCAAUUCCAACAGUCUCUAAUACUAUACUUCUAUCUGUACUAUGGUCGAAGGCCUAUAUUGUUGGAUUUUAGAUAGAAUUUAAAUGAUUACACAUAGAAAAACACAUUCAUCUUUUCAUGUUUGUUUUCACCUUGAAAACCAGUGUUCUCUUAAGAGUGUGAAUGACUCCUGAUAUUGGUGUUCCCCACCCCUCUCUUCUGGCUGAUUUCCAGAUCAGCCAUAAUCAACAGUAUUUAAUGUUUUAAAGGGCUUUCUGAUUUAAUUUAGUCAGCUAUUGCUGACA